AGCUCCAGUAAAUAUAUAUUUCACCUCAAGAAUAUCACCAGCCUUGUGACACAUCAGAAGACUCACACAGGAGAGAAACCAUAUGAGUGUUCAGAGUGUGGGAAAGGGUUCAGUAAGAAUUCCAUCCCCAUGACACAUCACAGGACUCACACAGGAGAGAAACCAUAUGAAUGUCCUGAGUGUGGGAAACAUUUUAGACGGAAUUACAACCUGGUGACACACCAGAGGAUUCACACGGGAGAAAAACCGUAUGAAUGUCCUGAGUGUGGGAAAAGUUUCAGCCAUAAUUCCAGUCUAGUAACACACCAGAGGACUCACACGGGAGAAAA